CGUUGCUUUCGAACAACGAAACAUAGCGCGUCUGGCUUCUCGAUCGGUUUUCACGAAUUUAUCUUGAAGUUCGAUUACAUCAAAGUCGUGUCUUUCGUGUAAAGAGAAACUUAUUUAUCCGAGUGAGAAAUUUUUCGUUGGGUGACAAUUUACUCUGCACUAAAGAUGUCAAGACAUAAAUGUUCCCAUACCUUCUGGAUAGCGAAUAUUUUAACGUUAUUGGCUCUGUCGUCUAGUCAACCUGUUCAGUCGGAAUUGAAGAGCUCGCUGAGGUCACAACGUCAUCACAGAGAUGUUCCUUCGACUAAUCAGCCAGAAACUACAACAGCUACUUUAUUGGAAAACGAUCCUUGUCUGUCUCACUACUGUCCCUCGGGACGAGAUUGCAAAGUACGAGAAGGAGUACCGAUAUGCGACUGCGCGAAAAAAUGUUUACCGCAUCGUUCCAUAUGCGCAUCGGAUAAAGUCGUUUAUCCUAGCCAUUGCCACAUGCACAGUACAGCAUGUCACAAUAAAAGACGACUGACCCAGAUGAAUAUGAAUUUUUGUCAGAAAUCUGUUAAAAAUGAACGGGAUUGGAUAAAAGAAAAAUUGUCCGAAGAACUGAGACCGAAAAACGAUUCUUCUGGAUUAUCCGCAGCGGGAUUCUCCAACGUGCAGUCAGUUUUGGUUUUGCCCAGCCUCAACCCUGGGGAUUUGAGCAAUUUACUUAAUGAAAUUGAGGAUCACUAUUAUGGAAGGGACGAAUGUUCCAUGCAAGAAUACGAAGUGAUGAAGGAUAAUCUUCUUCUUUACAAUCAUGCGAAAUUAAUGUCUGAAAAUCAGAGUAAGGAUUACCUUUUGUCGAUGAUGUUUUCUCAUUACGAUAAAAAUAACGAUGAACAUUUGGAAAAAUAUGAGUUGGAUCAGGUCUCAUCCGAAGAUCAAGACUUGGUGAACGUGAUAAAUUUGACUAGUGGCUGUUCCUUAGCCAGCAUGAUUGAGUUUGAUGAUACCGACAAAGACAACAAACUAAGUAUCAACGAGUUUUCGGUAGCAAUGAGCAAAUUAUACAGUGUAUCUGUUGUAUCCCUUGACAAAGCUCUAGAAGUCAACCAAGUGUCAGCUCGUCUAGGCGACAAUGUAGAGCUUCACUGUGCAGUCACAGGUUCCCCAAUUCCACCAGUACUGUGGAGACGUCACGGACAAGAUUUAGCAACUCUGGACCAAGAAGAUGUUAAAGUAUAUGGUGAUGGCAGCCUGUAUUUAACCAAAGUUCAAUUGCAGCACGCUGGUAAUUACACUUGUAGCGCUACUAGGAAUCCUCAUGUAGUUCAGACUCAUGUGCUGACUGUACAUACUUUGCCUGAGGUACGGGUAAUGCCCAAGAUUCAAUCAAAAAGGCCUGGAGAGGAUGCUCAAAUGUUUUGUCACGUGUCUGGGGAACCGUUUCCGCAAGUUAAAUGGCUGAAAAAUGACGAGGAGCUGAAAAUCGACGAAAUCUCGAAGAAGUAUCAGAUUAUUGGCAAUGGAACUUCGUUGAAAAUUAGGAAAAUUGAUUUUGCCGAUACCGGGGCUUAUAUGUGUCAAGCAACGAAUAUAGGGGGACUUACCAGAGACAUCAGUUCAUUAGUUGUUCAGGACCAACCAACACCACAAAGUCCCACAGAUGAAGAACACAGAUUUUUUGCUUUCCACGAUUGGGGCAUAUCAGUUUACGACCCUACAACGUGUAGGCUGCACCACAUGAUACAAGGAACCGAUAUAAUUCCUGGAACACAAGAAUACGUUUGCGGUGAUCAUGGUACAGCAUGCUCAUGGGGCAGAGCUGUAUCGGUAUCAAAUAGGUAUAUUUACGCUUCGCAACCUACUCUAGAUCGGAUUCUUGUAGUGUCCGCAGUUCAAAUGGCUGUAGUCGAUGUGGUUGGCACUGAUAAGGUUCCAGUGGAAUUGGAAAAAGUUUCCCAUUUGGAUCAGUUGUGGUUGCUUAGCUGGAGAGAAGGGAAUGAUACUGGAGUCAAAACAAUACAGGUUAUAAGGGAUGCAACUCAAAAGAGAAAGCAUCACACUGUCCAUCCGGAACCGAUCGAUGGACAAUUUGAUAUGGUCAAGGAACUAUUUUUGCCGUAUUCUUUCCAAGAAAUAUCACACUAUACCUACAAGUACGGUUACGCGACUCACACGAACCAGAGAGGUCUUUACAAGUUGGAUUUGGAAAACCUACGAUACACUCGCUCCGUGGAUUUAACUCCGCAAAACUGCGUUCCAGAGCAAAUACAGUUUUCAGCUUUGUAUGGUUUUGUCUUUAUGGAAUGUAGAGAACCGGUUACAAGAAAACCCACCGGUCAGCUUGUGUUGGACUAUUUGACAGAUGCGGUAAUAUCCACCGCGCCAACGCUGUUUGGUAAACCCUACUUAUCGCCUGACUCUAGAAAACUGAUAACUUUCGACCGGACUCCGACAGGAGCCACGUUGAUCGUCCAAGAAAUCAGAGCUCAUGGACUGGAUUUCCUCUUUGACGUCAAGACUAGCCUUAACAUAUCAGAUAUAACCUUUUAUCCCAGUCAAACUACCCAUAGCUAUGAUUUAUACGCUAGCGGCCAGAACAAGGAAGAUCUUUUGUUUGUCAACCUUCAUACUGGCAAAGUUGAAAUUAUCACAGGUGUAGGCAUAGCCUCAAGCACAUCAAGCUGGGGCAACACGCCCCGACCGAUCACCACAGCAGGAAGAUUUGGUGCUUUCUUAGCCAGUCCCAGCAAUCACGCUUUGUUCAUCAUCAACGGCCAAUCGAGAACGGUUAAUUGUGAAAUAAGCGCCGUAGCUAAACCUUCGCACAUAGUAUGGAUUACACAGAAGUACCAUUAGAUUUAGAAUUUUCAUUUGUAUAUAAACAACAACAAAAAUAAUGGAUGUUUCUUUGUGCUGCCCUUAUUACUGUAUAAUAUCCUUAAAUAAAUAUUGUGCAUAUCAACUAACUCAAUACAUCAUAGCGUAAUGCAUAAAAAAAACACAAAAUGCCCAAUUUAUCUUAGUGAAAAUAUUAUUGUAUAUAAUAAUAAUACCAUCAACCAUACCUAUAAAUUAAUCUAGCUUAAAAAAAUGUACAUCCAAUUUAUGUAAGAUAUGUUUUGCUGAACCUGCCUGUUGAUAGAAUGAAAAUACAUAAGUUUAGGCUGGUAUCACUUCUAAAGUUCUGGAACAAUUUUCUAAAUUUCGAUUCAUUGUUUGUCUACAGAACUUGUGUAUAUAUACACUAAAAGAAGCUUUUGCCAAGUAAGACAUGAUAUUUUUGUGAAAGACUAAAAGAUAAUAGCAUUUUUUAUUAAUUGUUAAUAUCCUUAGGAUUGAAAUUGUUGUUAUCAAUAACAAAACUUAUACAAUUUUUUUGAAGCAAAAACAAAAAGACAUAAAGACUUAAAUUAGAAAAUAGCUAAUAAGAUUUUAUGUAACUUUUGCUUAUUAAAGAAAUGUAAUUCCUAGAUAAUAGUUAUACACAAUAACCUUGCUGUCUGUUUUUCGUUCCUAUAUAUUUUUCAUGUUGUUGCCUCAUAUAAUUUAAUUUUUUUACUACAAGUAUUAUAUGACAUAGAAAUUAUUUUUAUUCCAUCACACUUUUAGUUUAUAAUAAUCUAUUUAAUGUAAUAAGUAUUAUAUUUUGCUGGUGAUGGAUUAAAUAAAUAAUAAAUAAUAAUUUAGGAUAGAA